AGAGGAGAGGACCAUCUGAGGCGGGGAGGCUGCGCGAGCGCAGGGGAGGAGAGCACUUCUGCUGCUCCUCCUCACUAACCAGGGGAGGAGGAGGAGGAGGAGGCGAGGAACAAAGACGAGAAGGCAGGAAUAAAAAAGUCCAGACGGACGUUUGAGUCCACGCGAUGGCGUGCUACUACAUCGUGAUCAGCUCCACGCACCUGCGUGACGGGCAGCUGCGCAGCAUCAAGGGGGUGUUCAGAGGACCGAUAGGGGCCAGCGGACAGAGGAACACGGAGGAAGGGGACUCAAGUUUCUACUGCGAGCUUUGCGAUAAGCAAUACGUGAGGCACCAACAGUACGACAACCACAUCAACUCGCACGACCACCACCACAAGCAGCGCCUCAAGGAGCUCAAGCAGAGGGAGUUCUACCGAGCGCUGUCCUGCAGGAGGCAGAGGAGGCGCAGGGAGGAGAAGAGGGAGGAGCGAGCGCUGAGGAGGCUGCGCAAGCACGAAGAGAGGAGGACGGGAGAGUGUGCUCCUGGUUCUGGGCCCAUGUUCCGGUCCACCACGGUGGCGGUCGAGCCAGCGAACCAGUCCAGACCGGAAUUUGUGCAAAACUGGGACGGCGUCCAUUACGGCGGCGCCUCCCUGGGAACAAAGCCUCAGACCCAGGCGACCCGGCCCUUCCUUCCCCUCGACCCGGCGCUGGAGAGCAGACUCCUGGGCGACGCGCAGUGGCCGUUCGACCCGAGGGACGCCAGCAGCACGCCGGCCGCCGCCGCCGAGCCCUGCGCCCUUAACGAGACCCGGGUGGACUACAGCGGCCUGACCGCCAGCGGCGCCACUUCAGCGAAAAACAGACGCUUUAACAAGAUCCCUUGGGCUCGUAACUACUCAAGCCGGCCCGCCGCUGCCGAGGACGCCCCGACGCCUGCCGAGAACGCCGCCACCGCCGACGGCUCCGGCUUCGGCGGGAGAGUGGCCGCCGGCAUCAGCGCGGACGCCGCGUCCAUGCGCAGCAGGCUCCGCCCCGUGUCCUUCUCGCUGGCCAAAAGGAGCUGCGUCCUCCUCCACCAGUCGGCCGCCGUCUUCGUCCAGGCCGGCCGGGGCUCCGGUUCGACGGGGAGGCAGGAAGGUGCAACGGCGCAGGAAAGAGUCGGGGAGCCGGCGGAGAAAGGCGCGGCUCGGCGGCUCGGGUCGCCGGUGCCUGCGGGCGCGGGUCACUCGGACACUGGAAACCAGUGCAGGGUGGACGUCGAGGCCGCGACACGGCACCCAGAGCCUGCGGCCAGUAUGUCCGCCGACGGGGGGACGGGGGUUUUUCAGGCUGGAGCCCGGGUUCCUCUGUGUGAUGGCGAUGUGAUCAGAGUUGGGGGCUCGGUGGUCAGCGGGAGCGGCAAUGGGACUGGCGGGGACAGCGGGGUUGACGCCCACGACGACGAGAUCCCUCCUACCCCAGAGCCCGAAGGCCCGCUUCGUCCCGCCGCAAGUCAGCCUGAAAAAACAACUUCCGUUGUUCUAAACGAGCCCAAAGAAUCUUCAAUCCAAACACAAGAACCAACUUCUUUGCCCCCAAAUCGCCCCAAGGAGCCGUUUUGCCGCGUCCUGUGCCGGGACGGCACUCGGGUUCUUCUCUGGCCCUCGGAGAUGGUCAGCUACACCGGGACGUCGCCCUCCAUCUCCUUCAGCGUCAACCCUCUACUGUACGACUUCAGAGCACAUCAUAACAGGGCCAAGGCAGGGGGCGAGGAAAAGAAAGGGGCACCGGAGGAAGGGAGGGAGAGAAUAAAGCCGCCUGUGAUCAAACGACCCGAAUGCCAACAGAGGCAGGAAGUUAUGGAGAGAGGAAGGGAGGUGAAGACAGAUGAAAGGGAAGAAGAGGAUGAAGGAGGACAGGCAGGAAAUCCUAUGGAACUUGUAGCCCAUUGUAGCAGCGGGGACGCAGCUCCGGACCGCUGUGGUUGCCGUGAUGAAAGCGCUUUAAAAUUUGUUCCAGUCUCGGCAGAAUGCGCACCGAGAGACGGCCUUCAAAAAGCAGGCGGCGGGAGGAGGAGGAGGAGGAGGAAGAGGAGGAGGGGAGGGGUGAGGAGAGGCAUGAGGAAGAGGGGUAGGAGGAAAAAGGGAGAGGAGGCCGACCGAAAAGAGUGUGGGAGGAGGGCAACAAGCAGCGUCUCUGAGAAUCAGACGUUUGAAGCGAGAGACGAGAGGUCGAGCAGAGAGGCCGCCGAAAAAGAGGAGCGGAGGGAAAAGGCGCCAUCAAGUAAUCUCGCGGCGCAGCGGCCGGCGGGGGGGAGGGAAAAGAGGACGAGGGGAGAGGAGAGAGGGAUGAGAGGAGAUCAGGCGGAGCGAGAGGGGGCAGGUAGAAACGAGAAGCGAGCAGAGCUAUUAAGUAAUCUUCCCGUGAAUCGGUGUAAUCGGUGUAACCAGCUGUGUCUGCAGGUGAAAAGGGAGGCCAGACAGCAUCAAUCCCAGCAAUCAGCCUCCGGGUGGGGCCCGGGGCUCAGAAAGCUCCUCCGUAGGGGUGCGGCAUGCAACGCGGUGAUUAGCCCCGUCCCCGGGCCCGUUAUGGAGACCCCAAGCUGUCCCGCAAUUACGCCCGACCCCGCUCGGAGCGACGGAGGGACGGGGGAGACGCUCCCGAAUGCGAGAGCAGGCGGGCAGGACGGGCGGGGGGACGAGGGCCGGGGGAAGCCGAGCGAGGCGCAGACGAGAGCGGCUCAGGGAAACGCCCGCGACCCGGCGACUAGCGGCGCUCCUCCCCCCCGCCGAGAGGCAGCGCGCCAGGCGGACAUUUGUCCGGUUCCCGCAGCGUGCAGCCCAGCGAUUAGCCUCGUCCCGGGUCCUUUAGGAGAAACGGCGUGCGGUCAAAGGCAAACGGCCGGCGGCAAGAGGAAGGCGGACUCGCCCGAGGAAGCCCCGAGGAAGAAGAGGAAGAGGGGAAGGAGGCAAACGAGGAGACCGGCGUGCGCUUUGGGGCGGGAAGUAGGGUGCGCCCGGGAUCCGACCGCCGACCUCGGCGAAGACGGGGACCUCGCAAAGCCCAACGGCACCGAGGCCGGGACACAUCUGGACAGCUGCAUGUGCGGUGCGGAGGUAAACGGCGGCCCGAGUCACGAGACAAAUGACAGCGAGGGGCCGUUGGUCAAAGUCAACGACCACUGCGGCUGUCACGACAGCAAAGGCGGCGACGGCGAGGGACCUUUCAGCGACCUGCACACCAGCAGCACGCCAGGUGAGGACGACCGGCGCCACGUGGACGUAGAACACGCCGAGGAUCUCAAACUGAGGCCCGACGAUCGCCCGGACGAACCGGACGCUCCCGCUCGCGAAGAGGCCGACGAAAGAGGCGGUCGAUGCAGCGAGCGCGAAGCGGCGGGUCGUCGCCCCGCCGCCAACAGAAGCGCGCUCAGCGAGGAGGCGGGAACCAAAGCGGAGGGUCGCGUUCCGCACCAAACCAAGCCGUCUGAUUCAAUCGAUCGCAGAACCUCCGGCGGCAUCGACCCCGCCAACGUCCUCGCGGUGCAGGGGGAUGCUGAGAGGGAGAGGAGGGAGGCGGAGGAGAGGCAGGUGGAGGGGAAGAAGCUGAAGGAGAAGCGGGCGGAGUGGGAGAUGGAGUGGGUGAGGAGAAAGGAAAGGGAGGACAGGGAGAGGAGGAAGGAGGUGGAUUUCGAACAGCUCUACGCGGAGAAGAGGCCUCGCUUCCCUCGCGGGAUCCCCGCGCAGUGCCUCCCCCUCCACGCCCCCCUCCUGCUCCCGCCUUCCUCCUCCUCCUCCUCAUUCUCCUUCCGUCACACCAUCAUCCAGCACCUCUCCCUCCUCCCGCCACCGUCGCACCUCCCCCUGCACUCAUACCCGCACCUCCUCCCAUCUUUCUCCCCGCUCACUCCUCCGCCACCGCCUCCACCUGCCCCUCUCCAUCCCUCGUUUUACUCCUCAUCCCCUAUUCCUUUCCUGGAUGCCCCCGGCCCGUAUCCCUUGGCGACGGCGUUCCACCCCAUGCAGAGUCACCACCCGCCUCUGUAUGCCCCGCCCCAUCCCGCGGUCCUGCCCUUGCAGGUGUUGUUCUGAAAAUCGGGAAAGCGAAGAAAGAAAAGUAAAAAAGGCCCGGGACAAAAAUGUCAUGAGAAAUAAGCGGGGAAAACAAAAAUGUGAUAUUUCUUAAAGCCAAACCCCGGCAACCUCAUCACCCCGUCCAAAACACUCAAAGCGCUGAUUCACACGUGUGGAAACAAAAAAAGAAAAAAAAAAAAUGAUGGCUAAUUAUCUUCAUCAGUUGCAAUCCUGCUGGAAAUGAGCCUCAGGUGUGCAGCCGGUGGAGUCGUGGUGGGGGUGCACAGCUGGGCUCGCUUUCCCUUGGCGGAAAAUCAGUCGACGCUCCUGUUUUGCAUUUUUUAACCCGAUGAUUUGCUCGGCUUCCGACGCACGUCGGGAGACUUUUAAGGACAAAUUCCAUACUCAGAUAUAUCGUCAAUCUGUGAUAAUAAAUGCAGGAUUUUCUUCUUCUUUUCUUGUUGAGAUUUACAUUUCUCUCCCCUGAGAGUUUCCACUUCAGUUGGUGAUUUUCCUACUUUUACCCUGAAUGACUUUGAAGACAGAUGUGAGCUGCACGCUCUCAACUUGAGGUUUUCAAGAGCUCAUGUCCUGCAUGACAUUUUAAGCUAUAGCCUCUGUGUUCAUCGAGAAGUCUAUUUAGAGCGUUUAUAUUAGAGGGUGAUUAUAAACAGUUACAACAAAACCCUGUGGUAUCAUGUCCAGAAUGAACAUUAAAGAUGAAUAUAUCUCCUCAUAAGGCCUCAUCAUUUUAACAAAGAUGAAACAAUCAUUGUGUCUGAACUCGCGCACAUUCAACCUGCUGGCGUACGAGCGCACAAACUCCAGAAGAGUCAUUCGUCACACUAUUAAAACUGGUUAAAUGAACAAUACUCUCAGACUGUCGGGCUGCAUUUUAAAGCUGGAGUUGGUUUUUGGUGCUCCUCAUGGAGAAAUGAAAUGCUUCAGGAACAAACACGUCGUCGUUGGCUUUUUAAAAGAGGCGGUUUUGAUCGGCGUCCGAUGGGGCCCGUGCUCCGUGUUCCGUCGUUCUCUGGUGUUACACGCACAAAGUAGAACAUGCUGUAUUCGUUCGGGGCAUAAAUGGGCCACGGCCUGCGUGUUGUCGCCGCACAGAGACCCACUGCUGCCGUCACGUGUGCAUAAAUCGGAUCUUCUGAGCUGUAUUUUCUCCCACGUGUGAGAGUUGGACUUUUGCGUUUGAAAUAAAGCCUUUGCUCCUUGACUUCGGAGGGACCGACUCCAGCGUCUGACCUUCACCCCCCGAACGUCUUACGCUGUUACGCUGGUUUUCUGCCAUCGCGUGCCGCCUGCACUGAAAACGGACGGAUAACCUUACGUCCAGGGGCCUCAUGCUAAAGGCCCCAAAAAAAAACGCCACCACAAACACACACAGCGUGGCGUCCUCGGGACACUCAGAGGCGGGGACGGUUCGAUUUGAGUGUCAGGUAAUCACACGGAAGACACGCCAUUCGUCGCUUGCUUUUGUCGCCGGUUGACAGGUUUUCUUUUCGUCGUCGUCGCUUUCACGAAUUCAGUCUCGGUUCUUUGGUUCCUGUGCAGGGAGUUCAAAGCGUUUCCCCUAAAAGCUGAGGACUCGGAACAAAAGCCACGUGCGAGCAUCCGUGGCUGCGCCGCGCUUCCUUCUCCAGGCUCCCCUCUUCCGAGUCGCGCUCCGCUGCGUCAUUAAGUGCGGCAGAAAGUACUUUUGGCAAUUAACUAAAAAAAAAAAGCGUCCAGCGAGCCGCCGGGGACUUUCAGGAGAUGUAAAUGUGUUUAGAAGCGCCACGGGGAAGUGCAGAGUGACUCCCACACGCAUAACACGCUGUUUCCCCCUCUCUGGCUCCUCUGAAGAUGAACAUCUGGCUGCGAAGGCUUCGGGGGGGGGGGGGACGCAACCGGCGGCGCCUGCCCCCGUCUCGCCGACUACAGAUUAUUGCUGCGCAGGCAGCAGAUGAAAUACAAACAAACAAACAAACAAACCGACGUCUGUGGGCGGAUCGCCGUCCUGCCUGGAAUGCACGAGGAAAAAACCACGGCGGGUUUUACAGAGUCAGAGGAAAACCUGAAAAUGUGAAAAAGCUAGACGGCACUUAGCCGGCGCGGCGGCGCUCUCUCCCCGUUGUUGCGUACCACGAAGCGGUUUGACACCCUGUCUACAAACGUAGGUUUUUGUUUAUUAUUGUGAUAUAACUGUGUAAAUUAGAAGAAUAAAAACAUGUUAUUGGACGUAUUUUUGUAGAGAAACCUCAGUUGAAUGAGGCACAGUUUUUUCUUUUGUAUCAUGUGCUCUGAUGCUAUUUUAGUGAGUAAAAUGAACUCAAAUCAAUUGUCCAGCUGGUCUGUAUUUAAACCUUUCACAGUCCCGGUAAUCAAUUGAUGGAGUUUACAAUUUUGUCUUAGAGAUGUCUUGAGAACCUGAUGAAAGUAUACUGGCAACAUUUUUUGGUGUCAUCUAUUAUCAGCAGACCGAUGUCAUCCCUGCGAAUACACCAACAGAUCUGGUGAAUCCAUUAAAACAAAUUACUCUGAAAAUGGAAAUAAAUCAGUAGACUUGAUAUCAAA